AUGCUCCACUUCCGCACAGAAGGCUUCAACGGCUGCGCAGUCAAGUACUCACCCUUCUUCGACAACCGCCUCGCCGUCGCCUCAUCCGCCAAUUUCGGCCUCGUCGGCAAUGGCCGACUCUACAUUCUCGAGCUGACUCCGAACGGAAUCGUUCCCUACAAAUGGUUCACAACCCAAGACUCCCUCUACGACUUAGCAUGGUCCGAAAUUCACGAAAACCAAGUCCUCACAGCCUCGGGCGACGGAAGCAUCAAGCUCUUCGACACCGGAGUCGCCGACUUCCCAAUCCAAAACUGGAAAGAGCACAACCGCGAAGUCUUCAGCGUGCACUGGAACCUCGUCGCAAAAGACCGUUUCUGCAGUAGUAGUUGGGACGGGACAGUGCGCGUGUGGACACCAAACCGCCCGCAUUCCCUCCUCACUUUGCCGACGCAUAGCUGCACGUACAGCGCGGCAUUUUCUCCGCAUUCGCCUGACAUACUGUCGUGUGUGUCGUCGGAUUCGUAUCUACGGGUGUUUGAUCUACGGACGCCGGCGUCGGCGUCGAACCAUUUGACGUUGCAGGCGUUGACUAUGGAUUGGAAUAAAUAUCGCCCGUCGACGAUAGCUACGGCAGGGGUGGAUCGGACGAUUCGCACGUUUGAUAUUCGGGCGCCUGGGCAGGGGCCGCAGACGGUGAUGCUGGGACAUGAGUAUGCGGUGCGGAAGGUGGCCUGGUCGCCGCAUUUGUCAGAUGUGUUGCUGAGUGCCAGUUAUGAUAUGACGUGUCGGGCUUGGAGUGAUCAGACGCCGCCGGGGGCGUUGGGGAGAAUGGGUCGGCAUACGGAGUUUGUGACGGGGGUGGAUUGGUGUAUGUUUGGGAGUGAGGGAUGGUGUGCGAGUGUGGGAUGGGAUGAGAGUUUGUAUGUGUGGGAUGUGAGAGCAGUGAUGGGUUAA